UUGUGUUCAGCGCGCCUAAAUACGAGAAGGAGGCAGUGUUUGUCUUCGCUCCAAAUUUGAAAAAAAUAAUAAUCAAAGUAACUCAUCACAGAGUCGUCAUGAACAUUUACUUCUGUGGUAGUAUCCGCGGCGGGAGACAGGAUGUGGCUGUUUACCAGAAAAUUGUUCAGAAGUUGCAGAAAUAUGGCAAAGUCCUGACGGAACAUGUGAGCCACAGUGACCUGAGUGACAAAGGUGAGAACACAGUGAUGGAAGGAGACAAGGCGAUUCAUGACCGUGACAUGAAGUGGCUCAACAUGUCUGAUGUGAUCGUUGCCGAGGUAACGCAGCCAUCGCUUGGUGUGGGUUACGAGCUUGGUCAGGCCAUCGCCAUGAAGAAGAGGAUCUUCUGUUUGUUUCGACCUUCAUCAGGACGAACGCUGUCCGCCAUGAUCCGUGGUGCGCAUGAUGAGGACCUCUUCUGGGUGAGAGACUACAGCGAGGAAGCGGUGGAGGAAGUCUUGGAGGAAUAUUUUAACAAGCUCAACAAAUCCUGACCAAAAAAAACCAAACAAACAAAAAAAGCGAAACAGUAGUUUCCAGCAUGUGUGGCUUAAGAGGUUUCUGGUUUGGAAUUUCAUGUUUGGUGUAGCUUUAGAUGUUCUGUUGUCUUAACUGUUAAACAUGUUUCAACAUAAAUAAACCAGUAUU